AUGCCAAAAAAUGAGGAUCUCAAUUCUGGUGAUGUGAAAUUCGAAGUCAAUGACGAUGGAACUUUGAAGUUUUUCUGGAUUGAUGCGUACGAAGAUGUAUCAAAGGCUGGAACUGUUUUCCUUUUUGGCAAGAUAAAGAUUCAGAACAAUGAUCUGGACAAACCAACUUUUAUGAGUUGCUGCAUUCAUGUCGAAAAUCUCCAACGACAAGUUUUUGUGUUGCCAAGAGAGAAAUUGUUGGACAAAGACGGCAAUGCUAUGGAGGAAGAUGUUGACUUGAUGAAUCAUGUCUUCCCUGAGUUUGCCAAGUUUGCUCGAGACGCUGGAAUCAAGAAGCACAAAGCCAAACUUGUGAAACGCAAUUACAUGUACCACUUUCAAGAUCCUAGUAUCCCGAAGUCUUCUCAAUACUUGAAAUUUGUGUACCCGGCAGAAUUUCCAGCGGUCGCAUCAGAUCUUGCUGGCAGGUCUUUCAAGAAAGUAUUCGGAACUACGCAGUCUUGUUUGGAGCUUUUGCUGUUGAAGCGCAAGUUGAUGGGGCCUUGUUGGCUUAACAUUCAAGGUGCAGAACCAGUUAGCACUCCACUGAGCUGGUGCAAGUAUGAAUUUCGGGUUGCCGAUUCAAAGUGGAUUCAGAAAAGCACUGUGUACAUGGAAACUCCGCCUCUGAGAGUUAUGAGUGUUCACAUGCAGACGGUCAAAAAUCUUCGGGAUCACUCGAACGAAGUUGCAAUGCUGUCUGCCUUGUGCCACAACGAAGUGAAUGCAGAUGGUCCAACUGAAAGGCCUGAAAAUAAGAUGUAUGGAUUCACUGGAAUUCGAAAAUUGGAGGGAGCGGCUUGGCCUCUGGACUUCAAGAAUAAGAUCGAUCAAUUCAACGCAACGCACAAGGAUGCUCCUCGAUACAUUCAUGAAAACGAACGUGCUCUGUUGAAUGCAUUCCUUGCAAAACUACAAUUGAUGGACCCUGAUGUGAUCAUAGGACACAACUUCAUCGGUUUUGACCUCGAUGUAUUAUUGCAUCGAAUGCAAAAGCUAAAAAUUCCUGGGUGGUCCAAGCUUGGCCGACUUCGAAGAACAAACAUGCCGAAGCUUCAGAACAAUGCUGGAGGUAUGGGCCAGUCGACCUGGGCGGAGAAGAAUGUUCUCUCUGGUCGUCUAAUUUGCGACACAUACAUUGCUGCCAAGGAAAAUUUGCGCGAGACAACUUACACUCUUUCCGAGCUCGCCAAGACGCAGUUGCAAAAAGUCAGGUUUGACAUUGACUUUCAGCAAGUUGCAUCUUAUUUUGGCAAAUCAACUGAUCUUCUGCAACUGAUUGCCUGCAACGAAAAUGACUCAUAUCUAUGCCUUCUGUUGACAUUCAAAUUGAUGAUACUACCCUUGACGAAGCAACUCACAAACCUUGCUGGCAACCUUUGGAGCCGUUCUCUCCUUAGUGCGCGUGCAGAACGUGUGGAAUACUUGUUGUUGCACGAGUUUCAAAAAUUGAAGUUUGUGAUGCCGGACAAGGCGACCUUCAACAAAAAGAAAGGAAACAAAGACGAUUCGAACUUUGAUGACGAAGCAGAAGACGACGCCAACCCCAAAUGGAGCAAACGCAAGAAGGCGGCAUACUCUGGCGGUCUUGUGCUUGAUCCCAAACGUGGACUCUACGAUAAACAUAUUUUGUUGUUGGAUUUCAACUCUCUUUACCCGACUAUCAUUCAGGAGUUCAACAUUUGCUUUACCACUGUUCUUCCCUCAAGCAACACCGAGGAAGAAACCCCGCGGUAUGAAAUGCCAAGUAAGGAUCUGGAUGAGGGUGUGCUUCCUCGUGUUAUCAAAACUCUUGUGGAACGGCGAAGGAGUGUAAAAGAAAUUAUCAAGAAAGAGACAGAUGCAACCAAAAGACAGCAACUCGAUAUCCGACAGUCUGCCCUUAAGAUUAUGGCCAAUUCGAUGUAUGGUUGCUUGGGAUUCACUUAUUCUCGCUUUUACGCUAAACCUCUAGCUGAAUUGAUCACUGCGCAAGGCAGAGAACUUCUUCAAAAGACAGUCGAGGUGACUCAGAACAAGCUCAAUCUGGAAGUUGUGUAUGGAGACACCGACUCCAUCUUUGUGAACUCUGGCUGUGACACUUACGAAGAGGCGGUCAAGACAGCCAAUGAGGCAAGGAAGGAGUUGAACAAGAUGUGGAGACUUCUUGAAGUUGGUCUGGAUGGAAUUUACUGUCCUUUGCUUCUCUUGAACAAAAAGAAAUAUGCAGCUUUAUCUGUCACUGAAAGGGAUGGCAAGAUUACCAAAGUGAAGGAAAAGAAAGGUCUUGACAUUGUCCGUCGAGACUGGUGUGUCCUUGCAAAGCGGGCAGGCGACAAAAUAUUGGAUUUCAUUCUUUCGGGAAAUCCAGUUGAAGAUGUAGUUGAAAACAUUCAUACAUACCUUCGUCAAUUGGCAACUGACAUGGAAAAUAACUCGCUUCCGUUGUCAGACUAUGUGAUUACCAAGGGCUUGACGAAGGAACCAGAAGAAUAUUCUGACGGUAAAACACAGCCACACGUUCAGGUUGCGAUAAAAAUGAAGGAACGUGGAAGACCUGUACGAGCAGGGGAUCAUAUUCCGUACGUCAUUUGUGCAGACCCAAACAUCACGAUGUUCGCUCAACGAGCACACGAUCCAGAGCUUGUGGAAGAGGCUGCUGGCAAGCUAACCUUGGACAAGAAAUGGUAUUUGGAAUCGCAGCUUCAUCCAGUCGUGUCUCGUAUCUGUGCUGUCAUCGAAGGCACCGACUCUGGAAGGAUAGCGGAGUGUCUUGGUCUUGAUGCAACUAAGUUCCACAAGAACGAAUCGAGGUCUCAAUCUAACUUCGACUCCGUAUUCGCUCAACCAGCUGUUGAGGUACAGUGCUGUUCCUCUGUUGUCUUGUCUCAUCUCUCUCUCAGGUGGAUCGAUUUGCAAGUGUUGAGCGCCUUAUGGGCACAUGCAGUGACGGUCUCACACGGUGAACUAUACUGA